UUUGAGGUUAUGUUUAUUUUUACACUAUGAACCUGCACGUGUUGAGUGUAACCAUAGACGUAUAAUGUAACUUAACUUAAGCUGAUGUGUUUUGUCAGAAAAAUGGCUUUACAGAGAAGGAAGAAAAGCUUGGCAGAUAAAAUAAGCUGUUUAGUUACUGCUGCACCAACAAAUUUUGAUUCCGACGCUGAUUCUGAAGAUACAAAAGCUAAAGUAGUUGAUCGUUAUGACGAAAGUGAUAAUUCUGAUAGCAGUUUUCGAAUUUCAACGAUAAGGAGAGAAAACGUCGUUCAUUUGGAUCAGCUGGAUGAAAGAUACAAAGGCAAAAAGGUCUCAAGAAAGGAUAUAUAUUUUGAUGAUGAUGACUCCCUUAAUACAUCAGAAAGUGAAAAAGAAGAAGAAAAAAUGAGUAAUGAGGCAGAGAAAGAAGGAAGUAACAAUGAUAUAAACAAUGAGAAUGAAGACUAUAAUGAGGACAGUGAUUACAGUGAAGAUAAUGAUAGUAUUGAGAAUGAAGAGAAUGACAAUGAAAGUGGAAAUUCUGAUUUAGAAGAAGAAAGUUCUUAUAAGGUGGGUUCUAAUGAAGAACAGAAAGUACAUUUUCAGUCCAUAUCACACGUAAAUCUCAGAACAGACAUUGAGAAAGGUAAUUGUAUUCGAAACCAAUUGAGACUUUGGGAAAGUUUAUUAGAAGUUAGGAUUAAAUUACAAAAAUGUCUUGUUACCAGUAAUCAAAUGCCUCAACAUGAUGUGUAUAAAAACAUAAAGGGAAAUUUGGAAUAUAUGAAAAAAGGGGAUGAAGGUAGAAACAAGUUAAAGAUGUUAUUAAAUAAUAUGUUACUCUUACAAACUGUUCUCUUAAAGCAAUAUCCUGAAACAAAGGAUUUAUCUACACAAAGUAGAAAGAGGAAGGCAGAUGAAAGUAUAGAUAAUACAAUGACAAAUGCAGAUGAUCCAAUGGAUGAAGAAAUUCCAUCAGAUACAGAGGAUGAAAAUGAGAAGGAUGACAAAUUGAUCUUAGACGAUGAUACAAAAAAUAGUACUACGCAUAUGUUUGCCAAGAAAUUGAAACUUAGCAAUUAUGAAAAAAUAAUAAAUGAAAAUCAUAAAUUAUAUAAAGAUUACAGAGAUUCUGUGAUACAAAAGUGGAAUGACAAAACAAAAAUUGCUAGUGGUAAAUUAAACAAGGGUAUGAAUCAAACUACAUUGGCACAAAUUGAGUUUGCUUUAAGUGACAAAGAAAAGCUAUGCAAAAGAACUCAAUUGAAACGUUCAGAAUACAAAAUUGUUGGCAAUGUAGAGACAACUGAAAACAAUGAGGAAAAAAGGGUUCAAGAAUUCGAUUCAGAAAUCUAUGAUGAUGACGACUUUUAUCAUCAGCUGCUAAGAGAUUUAAUUGAACACAAAUCUGCUGAUAUCACAGAUCCCAUUCAACUUAGUAAACAGUGGGUUCAAUUACAAAAUAUGAGAAGUAAAAUGAAGAGGAAAAUAGAUACACGAGCUACCAAGGGUAGAAGAAUGAGGUACAAUGUACAUAAUAAAUUAGUUAACUUUAUGGCUCCUAUCACAGUAAAUGAUACAUGGUUGGAUCAAGCAAAAGACGAAUUGUACAAUUCUCUGUUUGGUAAAACUACAUCGAAAAAUGAGCAACACGUUCAUUAACACUAGAAUAAUUAAUACAACUUUAUUUAAUUUUGUACAUUUUAAUAAAAGUAUUUUAUAAAAUGUGUACAGAUUAGAAAGAUAAAUAUGAACAGAUACUGUACAG